GGGUCCCCUCCCCUCGGCAACACGGCUGCUGCUCCUCACCGCGGCGACAGGGGCUUCCCCUCAGACGCCGCCGCUGCCGGCCGAGACCCGCCGCGUCCGCGCCCCGCGGCCGCAAUGCAGUUUAUGUUGCUUUUCAGUCGUCAGGGAAAGCUUCGAUUGCAGAAAUGGUACGUCCCACUCUCAGACAAAGAGAAGAAAAAGAUCACAAGGGAACUUGUUCAAACCGUUUUGGCACGCAAGCCGAAAAUGUGCAGCUUCCUCGAGUGGCGGGAUCUUAAGAUAGUUUACAAAAGAUACGCUAGUCUGUAUUUCUGCUGUGCUGUUGAAGAUCAGGACAAUGAGCUAAUUACCCUGGAAAUAAUUCACCGCUACGUGGAACUACUUGACAAGUACUUUGGCAGCGUGUGUGAACUCGACAUCAUCUUUAAUUUUGAGAAGGCGUAUUUUAUUUUGGAUGAGUUUCUCUUGGGAGGGGAAGUUCAGGAAACAUCCAAGAAAAAUGUCCUCAAAGCAAUUGAGCAGGCAGAUCUCCUGCAGGAGGAAGCCGAAACCCCACGUAGUGUUCUUGAAGAAAUUGGACUGACCUAACUCUCCUCCCUGGGUGACUCCUUGUGGCAUUUCCCACACUGUAGAUGUGCACUGCCUCUCCCGUCCAUGUUAGCUAAUGGUGUCAGAUGAUGUUUUGUCAGUAUUACUGUUUUGCUAAGCUGCUUCAUUCAGGCCCACACAAAAGUUUUGUUUUUUUUUAAAGGGAACUCUGGUGAAGUGAAACAUUAAGGGACUUAAUAUGGAUUACAAUGGCACAGAAAAGAUAGUUUUAUUGGGAAUUUUCAAGUUUUGCUGUUUCUCUUAAACCCAGUGUAUGAAAAUGACCUAUCUAUAUACAUGCAAAACCAGUCAGGCAGUCUGCAUUUAUUACGUUAUCAUAUUUGACAAAGGAAACUGGUCAAUUACAAUGUGGAAUCUGGUUUUCUGAAACCAAAGAUUAGUGCAGCAUUU